AUGACAAAAGAUAAAUAUGUUGAUAUAAAUAAUAUCGACUUUUUAGAUUUGAUGAAUAGGAAAUGGUAUCAACAACAUUUCGGUACUAAAUGGUUUGUAGCUAUUAGACAUUGUUGGUUGGUAGUAAUCUCAUCUAUAUGGGUGUUCAUUCCGCAUCAUUACUAUGCAGGUGCUGUUGUGAUUGUACCAGUGUUUGGUGUGGUUAUUGGUGCUGCCCUAUCAUCGUGGACUAUCAUUGCCAAUGCUGCUGCGUUGAUCUUUGCCAGUAUGAUUGCCUCGCUGUUCUCAACGCUUCUAACAGUUAUAGUGCCGCGCCAUCUCUAUUGGAUUAUGUUUAUACUGGUGGCGAUAUUCGUGUUCAUCAUCACCUCUUUUGCAAAUUCGAGACGUUGGCUUACCAUCAACACAGUCCGCAAGGUUCUCGUCGAUACCUCUACCAAUCUAUUCUUCACACAGACGAUGACCGACCAACAGAAAUACGAUUUGUUUUGGCAACAGAUUGUAUGUGCACUCGCACUGCUUGCUGCUGCUAUUCUCGUCAAUAUGGUUAUGCCAACACUUGCAAGUCGUAUGUUCAUCGUGAAAGCCGAGAAAGCACUCCGCUGGAUGAAGAUCUACUAUCGUGGAAUCGGUUGUAAACUUGUGGCCAGCAGUGUCGACGCUGCAGUAGCAUCUACAAAGAAUCCAAUGUCAGAGUCGAGUGCAAUCGAUCAGAUUUGGUUGAUGAAGCUACCACUUGCAAAGAGAAACAAAAAAACAGAAACUUCCAAUGACAAUCGUGGUGAUGAUGAAGAUGUAGAGGGUUUAGCUACUACCACUCUGGAGAAUAAUAUCACCGAUGACCAAUUGAGUGAGAUCGAAGUUAGAUUAGUGAAUGAACUCAACAAGUUGGCUGCACUCUACAGCGAAACCAACCAGGAGCGAUGGAACAGUCAUUUACUUCCUCUGUACGACAAGCUACUCGCUGAUCUCGAAAUCAAUUUCAAACAAUUGAUGACAUUGAAAAUGGCGAUCUCAAAGCGUUUCAGUUCGAUCACCAGUCGAAAGAUCAUUGGACCUAUGACACCUUCAUUAAACCUCAUCAUUGAGGAGGUGUAUCACCAGAUUCUAUUUAUAAUGGAUAUAUUAGAGAAUUGCUACAAGAAGAGCGAUAUUUCAAACUCACCGGAAGAAGACAACAUCAAUGUUCCAACACAAUUAAACCAAUCGAUGUUGGCCACCGAGGAAUUGGUUCGUCAAUCGAAAACAUCGUAUCGUCAACUGAUUACCGCCUAUCAAAAUGACAAUGUUGAGACUCUCUACCUGGAUGACAUUACACGUGCUCAGUUUUGUAUCAGUGCCAUCAUGACCAUUGCAAAGAAACAGCGUACUCUUGUCAAUACAAUCUAUACCAUCAAUGAAAAUAGACGUCGCUAUCCAAUUCAGUUUGAGAUCCUUAUUCAUGGUGGAUGGUUUAUUCUCAGUGCUUUUCCAAGAUAUUUGUAUUCGUUCUUUACCUACUUUAAAAAAGAUUCAGAAAACGAAAAUAACACUGCAUUGUCAAAACUACGGUCAAUGUUUAUGGAAACGUUUAUUUUAAAUAAUCGUUGGCAAUUCCCACUUCAACUUAGUGUUGCCUAUGUUUCUUGUUUGGUUCCAAUGUAUUAUAUAGAUGGCUACAAGAUAUCCGAUUCAUUUCUGAUAAAGUCAUUGUGGGCAGUGGUAUCAGUUAGCAUCGUUAUGGCACCGUCUAUUGGUGCAACCGUAUCUCGUUUCAUUCAUCGUCUCUUUGGAACGGUCAUUGGUGCAGGUAUGGGACUUCUUAUCUCUUUCAUCGUUAAACUCAUUCCAAAUACCGUACCAUCUCGAGAAGUAGCACUAUUGGUUGGUACCUUCCUUUGUAUUCUGCCAAGUUCAUUCUUUCAACAGAAUCCAAAAUUUUCAUAUGCCGGAAUGGUAACUGGAUUUACCUAUAUCAUCAUUGUAUUUGCACCCUAUCAAACGGGUGUAUUCAAUGAGAUGAAUGCUGUCAUGCGUACCUUUAUGCUGAUAAUUGGUUUCAUCUGGAUUAUUCUUACAACUUUUAUAGUAUUUCCAUUCUUUACCUAUCGUUCGUCCCGGCCAAAUCUCUACAAGAUCUCACACAAAAUGGUUGAAUCAUUCGGUGAUAUCGUUAAUGGAGCACUACAAUUGGAGUUGGAAUCUACUCCUGGUGGUGUGGUAGCAAUUAAUAUUGGAAAGAACAGUCAAAAGUCACAAGAGAUCGCAGACACUAUCAGAGAGAUAUCGAUUGAUGCAGAGAUACAAGAAUUCGAAUCAAAUAUAGCAAAAUUCGAUCAAGAUAUCAAAGCAUUCUCAAUACCAUUGAUCCAUGAACGUGCAUGUGCAAUCUCUGAUGAUCAGCAAUUUUCAAUAUUAUUGAAUUUGUUCAUCAAUAUAAAUAUGUUUUGA